AUGGCAAGACAAUCGGUGAAAGGAACUGAUCGACCACGAGCUCAGUGGUAUUGGAACUCGAGUUACGAUCCAUGGUUAAGAAGUGGAAAAGAAGAAUGGACAAAAUAUUCUGAUAUCGAAUCCGAGAUUAUCGAAGAAGCAUUUAAUGGCAAAAGUAAAACAGAACUAGCUGAACUAGAUAAUUAUUGGCUCAAUCUCAAGGAUUCCGUUCAAAUCAGUAAAUUAGAUCAGAAUAAACAACGGCCAAUAAAAAGAGUGCUAAUUAAGAGAAAUGAAAAUGAAGGUUUAAGAGAACAAAGAUUCUUUCUUCCACAACCACUGAAACCAUUCAGUCACGGUCGCGCCAUCGCUGCUUAUACUUUUCUUUCACAGUGGAAGAGAGGUAAGCAAUUUUCUGAUGCUGAGAUAGUAGAGCAAGCAGCGCUUGGAAUAAUUCUCGAAGGAAAGCAACUCGACCAACACCGUGAAUCACAAUGGAUAGCUGCAAAAUUAACAGCCGUGAAAAACCAAAAAAGAGAAGAAAUUUAUAACUGCUGCAUUAUGCUAUACACAAUGGAAUGCUUCCUAUACAAGCUAAUAAACAAAGCGUUGAGAGAAAACCAUCCAAGCAAAGUAAACACUCUGGGCCCAUUCUGCUACAUUUUAUUUAGAAGCUGGUACGCAGAUACGAACGACUAUCACAAGGAACUCUAUCGCGGUGUGAACAUCGAUAAGAACAUGGUUAAAUCAUACGACGAAGCGACGGGCGAGAUGAGAUAUUGGGAAAGUUUCACCUCAACGAGCAAAAGCCGUAAAAAGGCCGAAAGCUUCGGCAAUACCCUCUUCACUAUAGAUACAACCGACAACAGUGGCAUUGACAUAACACUAACUUCUAAGUACCCCGACGAAGAAGAAGUCUUACUUCCACCCGCAACAAGAUUUCAAAUAAUCAACGUAAAAUCUGAUCCAGAAACAGGAAAAACCUAUAUUGAUUUAAAACUCCAAUCUGGUCUUGGUUAUCUUCAGCACCCUUCAGCAGCUGCAUGA